AUGUGGCUCAAGAAGCGGGACAGCAGACGCCACCAGCCCGAUCCUGCGGGUCACCCGCUAUUUGCAGCGGACGCGCGUUAUUUAACAGGACAAACGGACCAGGCUGCGGUGACACACGACGGGGCCCGCUCGGAGGGGACAGAGCCCCGCUCGGAAGGGGACAGCCAGCCCCGCUCGGAGGGGACAGAGCCCCGCUCGGAAGGGGACAGCCAGCCCCGCUCGGAUGGGACAGCCAGCCCAGCCCCGCUCCGCUCCGCUCCCCGCGGCUGCAGACGUGGCGCCGGGCCGGGCCGGGCCGCGCUCCCGCCGCCCGCUGCCCAAUCGCCUUCCCCCCCGGGCCCAUCUCCCCGCCCCGGCCGGCCGGGGGCGGAGCGGGGCCGGGUGCGAUGCAGCGGCCUGGGUGGGCAGCCCGGGGCUGGUAGCGGCGGGCUCGGCGGGGCGGGCAUGGCGGGCGGCGGGGCGGGCUGGGGCCCGGCGGGCUGGGGCCUGGCGCUGCUGGCGCUGCUGGCGCUGCUGCUGCCGCCGCCGGGCGGGCGGGCCAAGCCGACGGGGCGGCAGGAGAGGGCGCGGCCCGGCGCCGCGCUGCACGAAGACCGGCCGGGCUUCCAGUAUGACCACGAGGCCUUCCUGGGCAAGGAGGAGGCGCGGAGCUUCGACCAGCUCAGCCCGGAGGAGAGCCGCGACAGGCUGGGGAAAAUUGUGGACAGAAUAGAUGGCAACAAAGAUGGCUAUCUCACAACAGAGGAAUUAAAAAACUGGAUUAAACGGGUGCAGAAACGCUAUAUCUAUGAAAAUGUGGCUAAAGUUUGGAAAGACUAUGAUCUAAACAAGGACAAUAAAAUUGCCUGGGAAGAAUAUAAGCAAGCUACAUAUGGUUAUUAUCUAGAAAAUCCAGAAGAAUUCCAAGAUGCAUCCGAUCAGCACAGUUUUAAAAAAAUGCUGCCCAGAGAUGAAAGACGAUUCAAAACUGCAGAUCUGGAUGGAGACUUAGAAGCCACUCGUGAAGAAUUCACUGCUUUCCUUCACCCAGAGGAGUUUGAGCAUAUGAAAAACAUUGUUGUCUUGGAAACCUUAGAAGACAUAGAUAAAAACGGUGAUGGUUUUGUGGAUCAAGAUGAGUACAUUGCUGAUAUGUUUGCAAAUGAAGAGGGUGGACCAGAGCCUGACUGGGUGAUUACAGAGCGUGAACAGUUUUCAGAUUUUCGUGACCUCAACAAGGAUGGGAAGAUGGACAAAGAGGAGAUUCAGCACUGGAUUCUCCCACAGGACUAUGAUCAUGCACUAGCUGAAGCCCGGCACUUAGUCUACGAAUCAGAUGUAGACAAGGAUCAAAAACUAACAAAAGAUGAGGUUCUAGACAACUGGAAUAUGUUCGUGGGAAGUCAAGCUACUAAUUAUGGGGAGGACCUCACAAGAAACCAUGAUGAACUAUGAUACCAUGUGCCAACCAGUAUGCCAGAGACCUUUUCUCAACUUGACUGAAAUCACUGUUGUCCAUCCCUGCAUUUGGAGGAAGAUGGACAAGAGGCACACUCACAACUGAAUGACUUGCAUUAAUAUAUUUUUAACAUGCCAGCUUAUUACCUCAGAAACUGCAUAGAAAUAGCUUUUUACUCUUUUCAUAUGGUUAAAUACAAUGUCUAAUUACUACCAUUUUAUUUGGGGGGGGAAGGUAACUUUUCUUAAUAGCCUGAUGUGGAAAAGGCACUUAUAAAACGCAAAUGCAAGAAUCUUGAAUAGUGAAAUAUUUUCUUCAAAUACCCAUUUUUACUAUAGUGAAAUACAGCUAGGAUUAGAAAGAAACCUAAUGUUUAUCAGUCUAAGUUAAUUAGUCAUUUUUUUUUAAUAGUAUACAACAUUUUAGAGUUCUGCUUUAACCCUCCUGUCCAGAGAAAAGGUUUGGCAUAACAAGAUAUACAGCCUUUAUCUCCACACUGUUUUUCUCUUCCAGUUUGGGCUGGAGGUGCUGGAGGAGGUAUCCAGCAGCUCUCUGGCUCAUGGCUUUACAAGUUCAAGAUGUACAUCUGGCCCUUCUCUCUGAUCCCCGCCACAGUGCGGAGACAGCACACAUGGCCCAGCACCCUGUGCUGGCUUUCCUCAGCAAGGGUUGUGGAGUUUGUGGUGACAGCUGCUCCCUCAGACAACAGAACAACGUACAAUUGUUUGUGGGCUGUUGCUUAUGCUGUUUCCUGGGAGGAAUUAUACCACAUGGAGCAUAAUUUAUCUCAUGCUUUUCGCACUUUACCCAAGCCAUAGUCUUGUUCACACAGUGUGAAUGGCAGCAGUUCUGUGAUGGAGAAAGAAUGAGACAUAUCACCCCUCUGGGCCUUCUGUCUUCUCUGCCAUGCAAGAGGACAGAUUUAUGUGGCUAGAAUUCUGCUUUUGUAUGUAUAUAUGUGUAAGGAUGUGUUACUGAAGCAACCACAUGAAGACAGCUUUCCUUUUAAAGAAAGGGGUAAGCUUUCCACACAGGUGCUUUCUUUUUUUACUGUAUAAUGUGAGCUACUACAUGUAUAUUUUUAUAUACCAAACUUAAGAUAAGUGUGGUUGUUUUUAAAUGUACUAGUUUUCAAGUAAGCACAAUAAAACCAAUACUUCUUUUUGAUACUA